GGGAGGGAGAGAGGGAGGCAGCGGUGAGCCCGGGGCCUCUUCUUCUUUUCCUUCUCCUCCGCGGGACUCCGGCCCUUCCAGGGACCCUUAAGCAUGCUGCCUCGGCCGCCGCCCGCCUUGUACCUGUCCCUCCUGCCGGGGCUGGCGCUCGCCUUCAACCUGGACGUCGGCAACGUGGUCUUGUGGAGCGGCGAGCCCGGAAGCCUCUUCGGCUUCUCCCUGGCCAUGCACCGGCAGCUGGAGCCGCAGGAGAGGAGGCUGUUGCUGGUUGGAGCACCUCGACAGAAAGCUUUCCCGACACAGCUAGCCAACAGAACUGGAGGAUUGUACAGUUGUGAUAUUUCAACUCCAGAUGUGCCAUGCACACGUGUCAGGUUCGAUGAGGAAGCUGAUCUGAGCAAAGAAAGCAAGGAAGACCAGUGGAUGGGUGUAACUGUCCGAAGUCAGGGGCCUGGGGGAAAAAUAGUGACCUGUGCGCAUCGCUAUGAGAAAAGACAGUACGUAAACACUGUCCAGGAGACACGAGAUAUAAUUGGCAAGUGCUACGUGUUGAGUCAAGACCUCACUAUCAGCGAUGAUAUGGAUGGCGGGGAGUGGAGUUUUUGUGAUGGCCGCUUGAGAGGACAUGAAAAAUUUGGUUCAUGCCAGCAAGGUGUUGCUGCCACUUUUACCAGAGAUUACCAUUAUGUUGUAUUUGGGGCACCGGGUACCUAUAAUUGGAAAGGAGUGGUUCGUGCAGAGCAAAGGAAUCAGACAUAUUAUGAUUUUGGUAUCUUUGAUGAUGGGCCUUAUGAAGUUGGUGAUGAGAGCCGGCGAGAUGAGAGCCUAGUUCCUGUGCCAGCUAACAGUUACUUAGGUCUUCUUUUUAUGACAAGUAUCUCUUAUGCUAACCCCGAUCAGUUUGUGUACAAAACUCUGCCUCCCAACAUCAAAAUAGACAAGCCCACUGAUGUGAUGACGAAUAGCUACCUAGGUUUUUCUCUGGAUUCUGGAAAAGGUAUUGUUUCUCAAGAAAAUCUCACAUUUGUUUCGGGAGCCCCCAGAGCAAACCAUAGUGGGGCCGUUGUUCUCUUGAAAAAAGACAGUGAUCUGCAGCGGGCACUGUCCCUUGUGCACGUGCUGGAGGGUGAGGGGCUGGCUUCUUCCUUUGGCUAUGACGUGGCCGUUGUGGACCUCAACAGUGAUGGUUGGCAAGAUAUUGUUGUUGGAGCCCCACAAUAUUUUGACAGAGAUGGUGAAAUUGGUGGCGCCGUCUAUGUUUACAUUAAUCAACGAGGAAAGUGGGAAGGAAUAAAGCCAGUUCGCCUCAACGGAUCUGCAAACUCCAUGUUUGGGAUUGCGGUUGAAAACAUUGGUGAUGUUAACCAAGAUGGCUUCCCAGAUAUUGCUGUGGGUGCUCCAUAUGAUGGUGAUUUUGGCAAGGUGUAUAUAUUUCACGGCUCCAGGAAUGGAAUAAAUACAAAACCAGCACAGAUCCUUGAUGGCGAAGCAAACAAAAUUGCAUUCUUUGGUUAUUCUAUCACUGGAAAUAUGGAUCUAGAUAAAAACUCCUAUCCGGACAUUGCUGUUGGAUCUCUUUCAGAUUUUGUAUCUCUCUAUAGAUCGAGGCCUGUAAUAAAUGUUAAGAAAACCAUUGAGAUAUCUCCAGACAGAAUUGAUCUGAACACAAAGAACUGCCGUGAACCUAGCGGGAUUUGUAUGAACGUCAAAGCCUGUUUUGAAUAUACAGCAAGUCCCAAGGAUUUCAACCCCAAAAUAGUUCUGAACUAUGCAUUUGAAGCGGAAAAUGAGAGGAGGCAGUUAGGUUGGCCAUCCAGAGUGCAUUUUUCCAGGCGUCAAUCUGAUCGGUUUAGUGGAACUGUGACACUUGCAGGGCAGAAGAAGGAAGAAUGUGUGACUACGACACUAGUAUUACAGGAUAAGAUCAAAGAUAAGCUGCGUCCGAUUCCUGUAACCGUCGGAGUGACAAUUAAUGGCUCUGAGUCCAUCUCACUGCCCAGGAGGAGACAAGGAAGGUCACUGCCAGAACUGGUUCCAAUUCUCAAUUCUAAUGAGCCAAGUACCAUUAGAUCAGAAGUGCAGUUCCUGAAAGAAGGUUGUGGAUCAGACCAUAUAUGCAACAGCAAUCUAAAGCUUCAUUACAGAUUUUGCACUAAAGAAGGCAGUGAAGACAAAUUUUCCUACUUCCCAAUGGAAAACAAUGUUCCAAUGCUUGUCCUCAAAGACCAGAAGGACAUUGCCCUUGAAAUCACAGUCACAAACAGUCCGUCUGAUCCAAAAGAUCCCCAGAAGGAUGGUGAAGAUGCACAUGAAGCCAGAUUCAUUGCCACCUUUCCAGAUAGUUUGACAUACUCUGCUUUCAGGGAGCACAAAGGCUUUCCAGAAAAACAAUUGAUUUGUGGUGCUAAUCCAAAUGGUUCUCAAGUCGAGUGUGAACUUGGAAAUCCUUUCAAGAGAAAUUCUAAUGUAACAUUUUAUGUGAUACUAAGUACAACUAAAGUUAAUGUCGAUACAAGGGAUUUGGACAUUAAUCUGAAACUGGACACAACAAGCAAUCAAACUAAUUUGGAUACAAUUACUGCGAGAGCUAAAGUAGUUAUUGAACUGCUUUUGUCACUCACAGGAGUUGCUAAGCCUUCCCAGGUGUAUUUUGGAGGCAAUGUGAUUGGUGAAAGUGCGAUGAAAACUGAAGAUGACAUUGGUAGUUUAAUUGAGUAUGAAUUCAGAAUAACGAACUUGGGCAAGCCACUGAAGACAUUUGGUGCAGCCUUCUUGGAUAUAUCGUGGCCGAAAGAACUGAAGGGAGGGAAGUGGCUUCUGUAUUUGGUAUCAAUACACUCCAAAGAAUUAGGAGAGCUGCAGUGUGAACCUCCAUAUGAAAUAAAUCCUUUGGGAAUUGAGACCUCUCGACAUUCAAGGACAAAACGUGAAGUUGCAGAGAAGCAGACAGAAGGUGGCAAAGGUUUUUCUUUGUUUUCAGAAAGAAAAUACAAGACUUUGGAAUGCAAUGCGGAGGCAAAUUGUGUCACCAUAAGGUGCCCCUUGCAAGGUUUGGAUAGCAAAGCUUCCAUCAUGCUGCGUGCAAGAUUGUGGAAUAGCACUUUUCUUGAGGAGUAUUCCAAAAUGAACUAUCUAGACAUUCUUCUUGAAGCUUCAAUCUUCAUUGCUGCUGCAGAUAAUAUUAAACUGGAAAAUCAAGCUACUCCUGUACGGGUUACUGUCUUUCCCGCUAAGACGGUGGCAUUGUAUAAAGGGGUUCCUUGGUGGAUCAUCUUAGUAGCCAUCCUUGCUGGAUUAUUGAUGCUCGCUUUGUUGGUCUUUUUACUAUGGAAGUGUGGAUUUUUCCAGCGUUCCAGGUACGAUGACAGCAUCCCCCGCUACCAUGCUGUAAGAAUUCGAAAAGAGGAAAGGCAGAUCAAAGAUGGAAAACCGAAAGUGAAAAAACAAUGGAUCACAAAGUGGAGUGAGAAUGAAAGCUAUUCCUAGGAAAACUCCACACUCUUCCAGCACCAAAAAACUCAAAUGGCCUUUAAAGUGUCAUUGAUUCAAACAGUGGAUUGAUUGAGAAAGACUAGUGUACAGAAUUGGCUGCCCCUUUUUUGUAGAUAUUUUAACAUUUAUUUCAAAGCUUUUUGUUUUGUUUUACAGAUCUAAAUGUUAAGCCUGACUAAACGGAUCUACUUGUCUUAUUUAAAGCCCCCACUUUAAAAAACAAACAGGUUUUAUGUCCAGAAAGUGAGAGAGGUGCGUGCAGGAGGAGUAAAAUGAAAGCCCUAACAUUUCUUUUUGUGGAAUAGACCUGAACAGGGCCUCCCAAGUAGUGGAUCUGUUUUCUCCCAGCUCAUUUUUUUGUAUCCAGAACCCUGGAUGUUUAUUAUCUGCUUGUUGAGAUCCCCUUUCCUCCUCCAUUAUUUGCAAAUCAUACAUAGUAUCAGCCAGUGGACUUCAGAGAAAGAAAAACAGCCCACCCAUGGCCAGCAGAGUGAAACUGAGUAUAUGUCCUCAGUGGUUUUUGGCUGCAGUCAAAAGAGAAAUGGAACAACUUGACUCUUCACAUGGCUCAGCGGAGCCCCCUUCCAGAGAAUGAACUAUGUUAUAUGUCUAGUCUUUCUGAAUCUCCUAUUACGUUUUCAUUCAACCUGUCUAACGUUCCUGAAUCCAGUGCUGAUCCCCACUCCAGCCUAUAUACAAGAUCAUGAGAAAUAUAGGAAUGUUCCUAUAUUUCAAUUUGCUGAUUACUGUUAUUUGAAUGUGGCAAGGGAAAACAGUUUAUCUCAAGUUGUGUUUUUUUAUGGUUGGGAGUAAUAUCUUACUAUGAGCUGCUUCAGGUUUAUUUGAAAAAUUAUUUUGGGAUUCCUGCUUGACAGAAUUUUAAGAGCUCUCUUUCCUUUCCCAAUUAGACUGCCUUAGAGACAUGAUUUGCAUUUCCUCACCUUCUAAGAGGUCUGUUUGUUUGAGGAAGUGUUAUUGUCAAUGAAUGUCUAAAAUGGAAAGCAGGUUUCCAAAUCAGUCCGAUUGUCUUCCUGACUGAUAUCCCAAUUCCAAGCCUGGAGGAUGCUCCUAGAAAGCACUCAGGAAAGCUAUCUUUUUGGACUGGAGCUCCCAGUAGCCUACAACUACUGUAAUCUUUGAAAAGUGGCCUCUCCAAAAUCUGAUUCUCAGGCAUAUGGAAGAUGGUUGUGGUUAU